GCAUGCAAAAACAAACAAAUUCCACAGUGAAUGAUCAUCUCUCAUUGUUCUUGAAAUUCCUAGAUUACUACCCUUUCUUCUGAAUAAUGUACUCAACUAAUCACUGGGGAGGAUCAUUUGAGAUUCAACCUGAUUCGGCAACUGAAGAUGAGCAAAGUCGAAACAUGGACGUCGACCGGGCGGCGCUGUCGAGGCAUCAUCACCUCGACGAGACUCAGCAAAGCUGGCUCCUCGGUCCACCUGAUCAAAACCAAAAGAAGGACAAGUAUAUUGAUCUUGGUUGCGUCGUAGUUAAACGCAAGCUGAUCAAAUGGGCUUUGUGGUCUACUUUGAUCGCAUUUUUAGUCAUCGGUGUUCCGGUGAUCAUCGUCAAGUCCUUGCCUAAACAUAAGGAUCCCCCGCCGCCUCCGGAUGAAUAUUCUAAGGCUCUUCACAAGGCAUUGCUUUUCUUCAAUGCUCAAAAAUCGGGUCGAUUGCCAAAGAAUAAUGGUAUAUCAUGGCGAGGGAAUUCUGGCUUGCAAGAUGGAUCAGAUUUAUCAGAUGUAAAAGGCGGUCUCGUCGGAGGAUAUUAUGAUGCAGGGGAUAAUAUCAAGUUCCAUUUUCCAAUGGCUUUCUCAAUGUCACUCUUAAGUUGGUCAGUGAUUGAAUAUAGUCACAAAUACAAGGCCCUUGGGGAGUAUGAUCACAUUAGAGAUAUCAUCAAAUGGGGAACUGAUUACUUGCUUUUGACCUUCAAUUCUUCGGCAACCUCCAUUACCAAAAUCUACACUCAGGUGGGAGGAGCGGAAGUAAACUCGACAACUCCAGAUGAUCACUACUGCUGGGAGAGGCCAGAGGACAUGGACUACCCAAGAAAGGUGCAACAAACAUCAUCGGCCCCAGAUCUCGGUGCCGAAGUAGCAGCAGCUCUAGCCUCAGCCUCAAUAGUCUUUCGUGACGAUGCAACAUACUCGAAAAAGCUCCUCAAAGGUGCAUCAGCAAUCUACAAUUUUGCCAGGGACAUGGGAAAAAGAAACAUGUACUCCCUCGGCAAUCCAGCCAUUGCCCCAUUCUACAAUUCCACAGGUUACUGGGAUGAGUACAUGUGGGCAGCUGCCUGGAUGUUUUACGCCUCCGGUAACCGAAGUUAUGUGACGUUCGCCACCGAUCCAAAACUCUCAAAGAAUGCAAAGGUAUCAUUGAGAAUUCCGGACCUCAGUGUGCUUAGUUGGGAUAACAAACUCCCUGCAGCUGAGUUACUGCUAACAAGGUUCAGGAUUUUCUUGAAUCCUGGUUAUCCUUAUGAGGAUUCACUCUCUGCUUUUCAAACUGCAAUUGGAUUGAACUUUUGUUCUGAUCUUCAAAGGUUCAAUGUGUUCAAUUUCACUCCAGGCGGAAUGAUACAAUUGAAUCAUGGAGGGCCACAACCAUUACAGUAUGUAGUGAAUGCUGCUUUCUUGGCUUCUCUUUAUGCUGAUUAUUUGGAUGCAAGCAAUAUACCUGGGUGGUCUUGUGGGACCUAUUACUUCACUGUGGAUGAUCUUCGUAGCUUCGCCGCUUCUCAGGUACAAUACAUCCUAGGAAACAACCCGAAGAAAAUGAGCUACAUUGUAGGAUAUGGUAAGAACUAUCCAAAACAUGUACACCACCGCGGUGCCUCGAUACCACACGACGGUGUGAAAUAUUCAUGCACAGGAGGAUGGAAAUGGCGAGACAGCCGGUCACCAAACCCAAACACGAUCAUCGGAGCUAUGGUCGGAGGUCCUGAUCGACACGAUGGCUUCUCUGAUGUGAGAAGCAAAUUUGGUUAUACAGAGCCGACAAUGGUGGGGAAUGCUGGACUUGUGGCAGCAUUGAUAUCAAUGACAAACGCUGAUGGUGGUGGCAUUGAUAAGAAUACCAUUUUCUCCGCCGUGCCUCCCCUUUAUCCGGCGAACCCACCACCACCGCCACCGUGGAUGCCGUGAGGAAAGCUUGAUCUCAGUGUGUUAAUUUUUUGGUUUUAAUUUUUUGAAUGUAAUGUAAUGCCAUACCGGAUGAAAGACUGUUGUUCCUUUUGGACAUCUGCAACUCAUGCAUGCUUCCUAAUCAGUCUUGAUAUAUGUAUGAUACAGCUAAAGUCAUCUAUUUCAACAGAGUUCAUUUAUUUUUA